GAGCGAGAGUGACGUUGUCAACGUGUAGGCGUAUGGUUGUGUAGUGUGUACUUACUUAGAUGUUUAAAGGGCCGUUUAUGCACAUGCGUGGCACAGACGAAUAUGAAUUAAACGACGAACCAAUGUACAUAUAUAACAAUAAUAGGCGUUGUAAUUUUUUCCUAUCGUUCUAGUACACGCAUGUAUCGUUCGGCUCGUUCGCGAUAGUACAAAUCAGACGACCCUCAAGAAGAGCCGACUAGCCGAGCGUGAGUUCAGCCGAGGAAAAGCGAAAGAACAGUGCUUUUCAGUCAGUGUUGUAACAAUGAAGCGAAGUUAAACUUCGUCUCAGGGAAAGCUUCGCGAACCUUUAGAAAUUGAAACCAUCUGUUGCGUAUUGUUUUAUCCCUUAAAGACUGACAUCGUUAAUGACGGAUUCACGCUCGCGAAACGUUUACUUCGAUACUAGAAGAAAUGCAAUGGAUGAUAAAUGGUUCUCAGCGAAGCUCUUUGCACGGGAUGAAACGGAGUGCCUGAUUAAUGUCACAUAAAACGGACAUCGACGAGGAUGCUACGUAAAGUACUCAACGAUACUUGAGCCGGUGUUUCGAGUCUUCGGCGGUCUGUAGAUCACCGCCUCCGCCGCCGAUGAAUGAAAUUCUCCUGAAUGCCGAGAAGUUUUCAAGCAUGGCAUCGAGCUUGAGGAACACAGUAACCGUGGAGAAGCGCGUGGAGAUCCUGACGAGACUAGAAAACGGAUCCAGCAUCGACGAUCUAGCCACGGAGUACGGCGUUAGCAAGAGAACGAUAAGGCGAUACAAACAGCAGUCGGUGUCUCUGCGACAAUUGUGUAACGAUCCGGAACGUGCACGAUCCAUAAGGCAACGGGGACCGUUGUACAAUAACACGGAAGCUCGUUUAUACGAGUGGAUCUUGGAACGUCGAGCGUCGGGAAACAUCUUGACGACUGUGGCGAUCCAAGAGAAGGCAAAGGCGUUCGAACAAGAGUCCGGAAACUCGAAUUUCACAGCUAGUCAAGGAUGGAUCUCGCGCUUCAAAAGGAGAUACGAAAUAACUGGAUUAAACAAGGAGGAAACUGACGUUUAUCAGUUAGUGAGGAGAAAAUUUAUUGCCAAUUUUGCACGGACACUGCAGGAAGAGAACAUCAAAGAGGACAACAUCUAUAUAAUGGACGAGACGAACGUGUUGUGGAGAUCGUUUCCUAAGAUGUUGACGAAGGACGAGCAACGGGUAGAAGUAGAAAGAGCGAAGGGCAAGGUGGAUCAUGUGACUGUGGCGUUGUGUACGAACGCAACGGGCACCCACAAACUCCCGUUGCUCUUCGUUCACAAAUACCCCAAUCCGAGAGCGUUGAAACAUUGCAAGCAUUAUUUACCAGUCGUCUACGCGAGCGAACGCAACUGUUCCAUCAACGAACGGAUAUUUACCCAAUGGUACAUCGUUUACUUUCAAGCCAGCGUGAAAGAAUUCCAUUUGCGCGAACAGCGAAAGGGAAAGGUUCUCCUCUUGGUGGACCAUUUCACGCAACUUUUGAUUCCAGAACAGCUCCGCGAGGACGAACAGUUUCAAAUAAUAUUCCUGCCGUCGUUUAUACAACCAAUGGAUCAAGCUCUAAUUUCGAAGUGUAAAAAGUUCUUUAGAAAAUUUUUAUUAAAGAAAGCGUUCGAAUUUCCUGGUGGCGUGAAGGAAUUCUACCCGGAUUACGACGUUAAAGAUUGCAUGGAUCUGAUCGCCGAGGCGUGGAACAAUAUAAAGUUGACUGACAUUCGAAAUUCGUGGAACAGACUCUUGCAAUUCACUCGUUUAGCUAAUAACGAAGAUGUGACGGAGAACGCCGCCAACGAGGAUCGCGAUCCUAUUGUUAUGUACGAAGAACGAUUGACGCAAUGGUUCGAGAGAUGUGAGCAAGCAGAAUCUAUGAUUCAAAACAACAUCGACUUCAUGGAAGAAACGAAGGACAGCACGGAAGCUGUCGUAGAGAACGAUGAAAUAGCGAACAGCACGAGACCUGCCGUAGAAGAGCAAGAAAUGGUGAACACGUUUCACAAUUUAAAUACAUGGGCUACGUCCGAACCCGACGAUAUCAAUUUACAAGUCAAAUUUUUGAUCGAUUACUAUAACAACACAAAUGAGUAAAAUUUCUAUUCUUUUAUCGUGCACUGUAUUCACUUCAGUUAUUAAAAUUAUCUUUAAUCCGGUUUUUUUGUAUGAUUCAUGCGAAGAAGUUGGAAGAAUCUGUAGCCACACAGUCGCCACCGUUGUACCGUCUCGACAUUAAAUGGUAUUUAAAAUA